GCAAGAACCCCAAUUUAUAACCUGGCCGCAAUUAAUACCCGAGUUGUUGGAGCACUUAUUGGUUUCUUUAUCACCAGUUUGUGCAAAACAUAUAACAUAACAAAUGAUAGGUUUUGGUUAAUCGGACACAAUUUGGGCGCACAUACUAUGGGUUUCGCAGGCAAACGACUUAAAAAUCCGAAAGUGGCCCGCAUUACAGCACUCGAUCCGGCGGGAGUCGGUUUUCACACCAUAAGCACAUAUUUACGUUUAGACCAUUCGGACGCACAGAUAGUGGAUGUGAUCCAUACGGACGCCGCCCUCUCAUAUACGGAAGGCUUUGGAACGGCCGACACUUUGGGUCACUUAGACUUCUAUCCAAACGGAGGUAGUUGGCAACCGGGAUGUGUUGUAUCUGAUAGUGUGACCAGUAAAUUGAGUACAAUUACAUCGGGCGAAGACAUUAGUUGUUCGCACGCCAGGGCCUGUUUAAUAAUGAAUAACCUUGAAAAACCUGGAGACCAUUGCAGUGCUGUUGCCUAUCAGUGCGAACAUUACAAUACAUUUCUAGAGGGCCGGUGCGCUAAUUGUGCCGAUAAUAAAUGCCAACCAAUGGGUUUGAACCCGGAUUAUUGGACCGACAAGAAAAUGAACGACUCGGCGGUUGACAUGGAGAAAAUUAAUUCAAUGGCUUUGGAGUGGAAACGAUAUAACGCAUCUGAGAAACGUCGUCAUAAUAGGGGCUAUAAAUUGCAAAUACCUGUCAUUGAAAUCUAUUACAUGAGUUCUAUAAACGAGAGCAUUAGAGACAAGUCUUCGGCCGUGUUUUGUCCAAAAGAUGGUUCGGAGACCCGAAUAGCGGCGAAUACACAGGAAGUCCAUUAUAUCGCUUGUAAUUCGCAUUUGAAACAUAAAUGUCGUGAUCUGUCGGCCGAAGAACUAAAGCCAUUGACAUUCAAAGAGGACAUCUAUUCUGUGGAUUAUAUGGGGAAAUAUCCAGAUUUUCAAAAUACUAUUUGGCUACGCUACAUCAGGGUCAACUUUUAUGAGACAAUGUUUUACCCCCAGACUCGGGAUGUAAACCGAUCAUGUAUUGGGGGUAAUACAACGUCAGUCAACGCCAAUAGUGGUCAAAGCGAUGACAACAACACAGAAGGGAACGACCGAACACUCCAGUCGUUUGACAGUUCAAGCAUUGAUGUCGCGAAACCGGAGCCCAAAGAAAUUGGAGGAUUUUUCAAUAAAUUUAAAAAAUAUCAGGAUAUGUUAGCCAAAAGUUGUUUCCGAGAUAUCGGCUGUUUUUCCCCAGACGAAAGCAACGGAACGGCGCGUACUUUGCCAUUGUUGCCGAUGUCACCCGACUCUAUAGACCCGGUGUUUCACAUGUACACUCAGGAGCACCGGACGAUUCCCAGGAACUAUAGCUAUAACGCCACUGCAGACCAACUCCGGUACAGCACUUUCAACGCCUCCCUUAGAACCGCAUUCAUUGUCCACGGAUUUAAAAGCGGAUAUUCCGUGUGGUUAGAGAAUAUGAAAGAUUUUAUAUUCUAUAAAAGCAACGAUCAAUUCAAUGUUGUGGUCGUUAUUUGGGAAAAAGGAGCGAAAACACCACGUUAUAGCCAAGCCGCGAUUAAUACCCGAGUUGUUGGAGCACUCAUUGGUUUUUUUAUCAACACUUUGGGCAAUACAUAUAACAUAACAAAUGAUAGGUUUUGGUUAAUCGGACACAGUUUGGGCGCACAUGUCAUGGGGUUUGCCGGAAAACGACUGAAUAAUCCGAAAGUGGCCCGUAUUACAGCCCUCGAUCCGGCCGGGAUCGCUUUUUACUCCAACAAAAAAGCCUUACGUUUAGACCAUUCGGACGCACAGACAGUGGAUGUGAUCCAUACGGACGCACCCGUCGAUUAUACGGAGGGCUUCGGGAUGAUUGAUACUUUGGGUCACUUUGAUUUCUAUCCCAAUGGAGGCAGUUGGCAAACGGGAUGUGCUGUAUCUGAUGAAAUAACCCACAAAUUGAGUACAAUUACAUCGGGGGACGACAUUAGUUGUUCGUGCUCCAGGGCUUGGUCAAUUAUGAAUAACCUUGAAAAACCUGGAGACCAAUGCAGUGCUGUUGCCUAUCAAUGCGAAAAAUAUGUUACAUUUCUAGAGGGCCGGUGCGCUAACUGUGCUGAUAAUAAAUGUCAAUUAAUGGGUCUAAACCCCGAUUAUUUUACCGACAAGAAAAUAAAUAACAUGACAGCUGACAGUCGAUACUUUGUCAACACUCGAUCCAAAGAGGAAUAUUGCUGUAAAUAAUGAGUUAUUAAUUAGAAUAUUAAAUAAUUAUUAAAUGAUUAACAAAUUCACAUUAAAACAGUACAUCACUACCAAAUGGGGUUUCAUUUUGCAAACAGUUCUGAUUCAACAACAGGGCAUUUAAACAUUGUAAUGAAUGCAACGGUUGGUAAUGAAGUGCGAGAAUUGAAUUUCACACGAAUUAUGACAAAAACAAUUCAACGAAAAGUUCACACAAUUUUGCUUACAUUUGACUUUAAAAUGGAGAAAAUCCAUUCAAUAGCUUUGGAGUGGAAGAGAUAUAAUAAAUACGAAAAAAGUCGUUAUAAUAGGGGCUAUAAAUUGCAAAUACCUAUCAUUGAAAUCUAUUACAUGAGUUCUAUGAACGAGAGCAUUAGAGACAAGUCUUCGGCCGUGUUUUGUCCAAAAGAUGGUUCGGAGACUCAAAUAGAGGCCAAUCGACAGAAAGUCCAUUAUAUCGCUUGUAAUCCAGUUUUGAAGCAUAAAUGUCGUGAUCUGUUGACCGAAGAACUAAAGCCAUUGACAUUCAAAGAGGACAUCCAUUCUGUAGAUUAUAUGAGACAAUAUCCUGUGUUUCAUAAAAUC